AAGUCUCGUGUCCUGAUGACUCCCUUAGCAAUCUCUCCACCAAGAAGCACACCAGAGCCGGAUAUUAGUUCGAUCCCCCAGGAUGCAGCUACGAUACCCAACUCGGCCACCCCACAGGCUCUCACAGUCUGCAUUUACGUCAACAAACAAGCAAACCUGGGGCCGUACCUGGACAGAAAAAAAGUGCAGCAGCUCCCAGAGCAGUUUGGGCCAGAGAGACCAUCCGCAGCCCUGCAGCAGGCUGUGCAGGCCUGCAUCGACUGCGCGCUCCAGCAAAAGGCGGUCUUCUCACUCAUCAAGCAGGGCUAUGGAGGAGAGAUGGUGUCAGUUUCAGCUUCUUUUGAGGGGAAGCAGCACCUCAUGAACGUGUUGGUAGUGAACAGCAUCGGGUAUGUCCUGCGCUUCCUGAAGAAGCUCUGUCGCAGCCUCUUGUGUGACAAUCUCUUCAGCAACCAGCCUUUCCAGCAGUACAACGCCGUGUCGGAAAGCCCAGAGGUGUAUGAGAACAGACGGGUGGAGGCAG